UUGUUAUCUUUCUCUUUUUUCUAGAAAGGAAGAGGAGUGCCUCUACAUGUGACAUCACAAGAAACUUGAAACCGUCAUUUUCAGCAGCCCUGCCUGCUCCCACAUUUGCUCCCCUCUAACCAACCUCUCCCUGAGACACUCUAUGCUUCUCUGCUGGGCUCCAAAAACAGGCAAACAUUAUCAUCCUUCCAGCCCAAACUGCUGCUCUGAUCCCAGGACUUCACCACACAGAUUGCCCCUCUGCUUCAGAGAGCCGACAGGGCCUGUUUCUGGAGAUUUUACAUUUCAAAACCUUUUCAUUCUUUCCAAACCUCCAUUAUUCUGAAGAAAUAAUUAUCAUAAAUAUGGAACUGCAGAAGCAAUCUAAUGGUAAUCACCACCAUGACAUCACUGGGGAGGCAGGUGUCCCGCCAGAAGAAGAAAAGUUUCUGCAACACAAGAGUGAUGGAUCAAAGAGACCUCAGUUCACAGAUUUUGAGGGUAAAACCUCCUUUGGAAUGUCUGUCUUCAACCUGAGCAACGCCAUCAUGGGCAGCGGCAUUCUGGGUCUGUCAUAUGCCAUGUCAAACACUGGCAUCGUCCUUUUCCUGAUCCUAUUGACAUGUAUCGCCUGUCUGUCCUGUUAUUCCGUCCACCUGCUGCUACGCAGUGCUGGAGUUGUGGGUAUUCGUGCCUAUGAGCAACUUGGCCUGAGAGCUUUUGGUCAUCCAGGGAAGAUUCUAGCAGCUGUCAUCAUAACACUACAUAACAUUGGAGCCAUGUCCAGCUACCUGUUCAUAGUAAAAUCUGAGUUACCACUGGUCAUCCAAGCCUUUCUUGGCCAGACAUCCAGCUCUGACGACUGGUUCAUGAAUGGAAACUACCUCAUCAUCAUCGUCACUGUCUGCGUCAUCCUCCCACUAACAUUGAUGAAACACCUGGGGUAUCUUGGUUAUACCAGUGGUUUCUCUCUCUCCUGCAUGGUCUUCUUCCUCUCAGCGGUCAUCUACAAGAGAUUUAACAUUGCUUGCCCUCUGGAAGUGUUUGGAAACUACUCUGUGGACACAGCAGCCAUCCCAGAAGACACAUGCACCAUCAAAUUCUUCACCAUCAACCAAGAGACGGCAUAUACCAUCCCCAUCCUGGCAUUUGCUUUUGUAUGUCACCCUGAAGUGCUUCCCAUCUACACUGAACUGAGCAACCCAACCAAGAGAAGAAUGCAGAAUAUUGGCAAUGUUUCCAUCCUGGGCAUGUUCAUCAUGUACUUUUUAACUGCCAUAUUUGGCUAUCUGACCUUCUACGAGAACACAGAAGCAGAGCUCCUUCAUACCUACAGUAAGGUGGAUCCCCUGGACACUCUGAUCCUGUGUGUUCGGCUGGCUGUCCUGGUGGCCGUCACUCUGACUGUACCUGUGGUCUUGUUUCCUAUACGUCGUGCCCUCCUGCAGCUGCUUUUUCCAGGGAGACCCUUCCACUGGCUCAGUCACAUCACCAUUGCUGUGUGUCUUCUGUUUGCUGUCAACCUGCUGGUCAUCCUCGUUCCCAACAUUCGAGACAUCUUUGGCAUUACUGGGGCAACCACUGCUCCCAGUCUGAUCUUUAUCCUUCCUGGACUGUUCUACAUCCGCAUUAUCCCCACCAACCAGGAGCCUAUGAAUUCCAGACCAAAGAUCCAGGCUGCGUGUUUUACAGCAUUGGGUUUCAUAUUCAUGACCAUGAGCCUGACAUUCAUUGGGCUUGACUGGACAAGUGGAGAAAAGCGAAGUCUCGGUGGCCAUUAAAGUGCAACCCCCAAAACCUACAGCAACAGCAGCCCACUAUUGUGCCCCUCCUCCAGUCCUCUGGAAGAUUUAACCUACUACUGGAAGGCUCGUGGCUUCUGUGGGACUGUUUUUAUUAAUCAUUUGGACAAUCCGUUUCUCCAGCAUGAUGAGAGAAGCCCGGUUUUGUCCUAUCACCCACCCAGGUUGAUAUAUACCACCAGAAUCCUUCACAGGUGGGGUUCCAAUGUUCUACAUGAGAGCUGAUGAACAUGUUGACCAUGGAAGCCCCUCAACCACUACAAGCUAUUAACCUUAGCAGAGGCUAAAUGUGGUGUAUAAUAAUAGCGAUAUUAAAAGCCAAUUGGAGAAAUGUCUAAAUGCAAAAAGCAUGUUUAAUUAUCAGUAACAUUCGAUGCAAAAUUGAUUUGAUAUGUGCUUGAUUAAACUGCUAUUCAAAGAUAGACACCAUCAGUGUUUAUCAUUACAGUCCAAUUAUUUCUAUUCCAUAAUUUUUACUUCCAUCUGAGAGCCAUACAACAUGGGGUAACCGAACAAAUAUCUUCGGAUAAUUCACUUCAAUUUAAGUAUGUGUAUUGUCAUUCUGUAAACUGGAAGACAUAGCUAGCGUCCAUCAGCCAAAGUCUCUCAUGAAGUUUAUGCAACUGUGAACCAAUUAAUUUGGUAUUUAAUUCAUUUGUGAAUUUAUUCUGGACAGCAUAUGGGGAUAUUUAAUAAAAGUUCACAACAGUUGAAA